AUGAGCUUCGCGAGCUUCGCAGCCUUGGCGCAGCCGUACCUCUAUGGGAGGCAGCACUUCACGCUCGAGGGCCUGGAGCGACAUCAGGCGGAGACGCGCUCGCCGGACUACCUCAUCCGGACCUUCAAACCGCGCCUCGCCGGGCGAGCCUAUUUCAUCACAGGCACAGAUGUCGUGAUGCGUGAGGUGGCGCGCUUUCUCUUGGAGUGCGGCGCGCGGGUUUGGAUGGUGUGCCAGAGUGAGACGGACCUGCACGAGGUGCAGAAAACACUCUUCUUCAAGGCGGGCGAGGAUGCAGAGGCGCUGCACCUGCUGCAGGGUGAUCUUGCUUUGGAUGCGGACGUGCGGCGUUGCUGGGACGAGUUUGUCGCUCAGUCGGAACGUCUCGACGGGCUGAUCCUGGGCGAGAAGCGCUUCCGGGCGGAACGCUGCAUCACCGAGGAGAUGGUCGAGGAGACCUUUGCUGCGAACGUGCUCUUUGGAACCUUCCUCCUAAGCUCUCUGGCGUUGCCACUCCUCGAGUCCACACGUGGCUCCCGCUGGAUCGCGGUGAGCAGCUGGGAGAUGUACGGCGUCGCGCUGCCGAGCCUCUCCACGCUCACGGCCGCGGGCGAGGACUACAAUGGAUUGCUGAACUUUGCCUACCAAAAGCGCGCACAGGUGCUCCUGUGUGAGUACUGGGCCAAGCUUUACAAGGUCCUGAUGCUGAGUUGUCAUCUUGGAUGGGUCGACAACGAACUAUGCAACGACAUGUAUCAAGACAGUGAAGUGCUGAUGGAGCCGAAACGGGACUGGUGGUCCGCGGCGGAGGGGCUCCUUUGGCUCUGCGUGUCCCGUCCACGCAACCUCGAGUCGGGUGGCUUUUACUUGGACAAGAUCCUGCAGCCCAAGCACCUCGCAGGCCCAUUCUUCACCGAGGGUGAGGCGACGAAGAACAGCAUUGCGGAAUGCAAAGCUUUGGUGCUUCACUUGGAGGAGUGGACCGUUGGCCACCGACCAUUGAUGCGCAAAGGCGCCGGGGAAGCAGUUGCGGAGGAGAACGGCCUGGAUUUGGAGAGGAUCUUGGGCCGUUGGUACGUGAUUUGGUGCAUUGGAGCCAACUUGGAGGAGGGGGAGACCAACUUGGUGAGAGAAUACGGCUGGGAUGCCACGGAGUCCUUCAUCCUCGCGCGCUCCUUGGGCCGGAGGGGCGACCGGCGCUUCAUCUCGGAGGAACGUUUGGUACCUUUGGGCCGCAGCACGUGGUGCCGGAAGCCGCUACUGGGCCUGCCCAGCGGGUCGUGUCCGGACUAUGUUCUGCUCUACUGCGCCGAGCACGUCAAGGCGGUGAUCCUGGGCACCAGUGAUGGUCAGUCGCUGUGGCUCAUGUCUCGGCAGCACUGGUUGGAGGGUGAAGUGCUGCAGAAGAUGCGUGAUCACCUGGAGAAAUCAGGCUACGAUGCAUCGCGGCUCACCAAGGUGCCCCAGGAGUGGGUGGCCCCUCCGGGCGGGCGAGUGACUCGCCGCGGCGCCAGCCGCGCGUGGACGGCACGGUGA